AUGACCAUUUCCAUAUCUUCAUUGGUGGCCGUUCUCGGUAUCGCCUUCAUCAUAUACAAAGGCAUUAUCUACCCAGCGUUUGUUUCGCCGUUGGCUAAAAUCCCAAAUGCACACUGGAGCGUUCCCAUAUCGCCGGGAUGGAUGCUCUGGAAACGGUUUCACAUGCGGAAUAAUCGGACUAUUCAGGCUGCGCAUGAGAGGCUUGGUCCAAUUGUCAGACUUGGACCGUCCGAGCUCUCUGUCAAUUGUGUUGAUGAGGGCAUCAAGUCUGUGUAUACGGGUGGAUUCGAGAAGCAUGAGUGGUAUCCUCGAGUCUUCGGAUCACUUGGGACGGUGAGCAUGUUUACCAUGGUGGACACGAAGACACAUUCCACGCGCAAGAGGAUGCUUUCAAAUAUCUACUCGAAAUCAAUGUUACAGACUUCGCCGCAUCUGAAAGUCGUCUCGAAUGCUAUCGUUCAUGACCGUUUGCUCCCAAUUAUUCAGGAAUCAGUCGAAAACGACAAGUCAAUCGAUGCCCAUGAUUUGAACAUGGGUCUUACCCUAGACUUUGUUUCGGGGUAUCUCUUCGGUCUCAGGAACGGCACAAACCACCUCCAAGAUCAUGCAUUUCGCAAACACUGGCUACAUCUCUAUCUAUGUCGCAAGCCGUUUGAAUUCUUCCACCAAGAAGUUCCUAGUCUGAACGGAUGGAUGAAUUGUAUCGGACUGCGCAUUAUUCCGAAAUACUGCGACUCUGCAAACGCAAUGCUCGAUGCCUGGGUUUUGGACCUAUGCGCCAAAGCAGUUGAGUCAUUGGAUUCGACAGAUCCGGCCGUUGAACCUCUUGUAUACAAGCAGUUGAAACAGGGACUAGACAAACAAUCCUUGAAAGAGAAUGACUCCAAGCAAGAUCCUGAGCAGCAACGUAUUGACAUUGCGUGUGAGAUGUACGAUCAGCUUACAGCAGGUUUUGAAACUAGUGCCGUGGGACUAACGUAUCUUUUCUGGGAAUUAUCAAAGCACCCGGAGGUCCAAGAGAAGCUGCGCGAAGAACUACUGACUCUUGACCCACCGAUCUCUUUUCCUCAGAAGCUGGAACUGCCAUCUGCCAAGUCGAUCGAUAGUUUACCGUUGCUUGAAGCUAUUGUUACUGAGACGUUGAGGCUACAUGCCCCGAUUCCUGGCAUCCAGCCUCGGGUUACUCCGUCGCCUUCUUGUUCUCUGGCUGGACAUGACAAUAUUCCACCUAAUAUCCGGGUUAACGCACAGGCGUACUCUCUACACCGCAAUCCGGUUGUAUUCCCUAGCCCCGAAUCUUGGGAACCUAGAAGAUGGGUCAAGGAAGAAAACUCCACCGCUGAGCUUGAGGAACGCCGCCGUUGGUUCUGGGCAUUUGGAAGCGGAGGUCGAAUGUGCGUAGGAAGUAAUCUUGCGUUGCAAGAAACGAAACUUGUCGUCGCGGCGAUUUACUCCAAUUUCCGGAGCACAAUAAUCGACGACACAGACAUCGAAGCAAUCGAUGCAUACACAGUGCAUCCCAAAGCAGAGAAACUGAUGCUGAAGUUCCACGCUGUAUAG